AGAGUGCACUGACCAAUCAGCUGGGGGAGGUGUGUUUAGCCUAGGAGGAGGGUGUGGCUGAGUUGUUAUCUGCCUGGUAGAUAGAGCUGCCUUGAAGGCAUCCUUCAUUCCCUAUUCUCCCUACUCCUUCUGCACAGGAACUGCUGGGGUUUUUUAUGGGUAUGUACAUACAUUAUGUGUGUAUGAUAGCCAUGUAAUAUCUCAGUUAGACAAGAUCAGUUUCACUGGAUACUGAAUGCGGCUGUACCUACAAAUCCUCCAGAUCAGCUACAGACUGCGGAGCCUCAGCACUAAGUUUAUGGGGAAACUUUUAUACUAUAACUGCCUGAGAACUGCCCCAAUACUCAGGCACAGGGACACUGAGACUCUGCUCUGCAUUCUGAUUGGAUCAAAGUAAUGGAAGGCGUUAAGUGAAACCCUGGAAUAACUGAAAAACCUGGAAUAACUUCUAGGCAAAGAAGUUUCAGGAUUUAAGCACACCAAAAAUAUGUCGGAGAGGAGCAACGUGAGAGUGGCUGUUCGGGUUCGGCCAAUGAACCAGAGAGAGAAGGCAAAGCAGUCAUCUUGUGUUAUUUCUAUGAAUGAAAAUAAAACAAUUCUGCAGAGCAAUGCUGCUGUCAGUCCAGGAAAAGUGCAGAAAGGACCUACAGAAUUCAUUUUUGAUCAUUGCUUCUGGUCAACAGAUGACUCAGAUCCUGAUAAUUAUGCAGGGCAGGAAGAAGUGUUUAGAACUCUUGGGGAAGGAAUUAUAGAGAAUACAUACCAAGGAUACAAUGUUUGCAUUUUUGCAUAUGGACAAACAGGUUCAGGAAAAACAUAUUCAAUGAUGGGAACUGAUGAUGAACCAGGUUUGAUCCCAAGAUUCUGCUCUGCCUUACUGAACAAAGAAUCUAAAGGCACUGUAACUGUUGAACUAUCUUAUAUGGAAAUAUACAAUGAAAAGGUGAGGGAUCUAUUAAAGCUGAAAAAGAGCAAGACAGAACUCAGUGUUCGGGAACAUAACAUUCUUGGACCAUAUGUAGAAGGAUUGUCUCAGCAUGCUGUUAGUACAUGGGAGGAUAUCAAAUUACUGCUUGUAGCUGGAAAUAAAUGCAGAACCACAGCUGCAACCAAAAUGAAUGAAGAAAGUAGCCGUUCACAUGCCAUUUUUACUCUCACUAUAACUCAGAUAUUUCACAACCAAGAGUCUGGUACCUCAAAAGAACUUAACAGCAAAUUCAAUCUGGUGGAUUUAGCAGGUAGUGAGAGGGCAUCUAAAUCAGGUGCUCAGGGAAAACGUCUUGUUGAAAGUGGCAACAUUAAUAAAUCUCUUACAUUCUUAGGCAGGGUUAUAUCUUCUUUGGCUGAAGAGAAGAACAGAAGACAGAGUUAUGUGAGCUAUAGAGAAUCUGUGCUCACGUGGCUUCUGAAAAACAGCCUGGGAGGAAAUAGCAAAACAGUCAUGUUGGCCACCAUAAGUCCAGCUGAUGAUAAUUAUGGGGAAACCCACUCCACAUUGGUGUAUGCAGAAAGAGCAAGAAAGAUAGUUAAUGAAGCUACAGUGAAUGAGGAUACCAAGUUCAAAGCUGUUGCCACAUUACAGGAAGAGGUGCUAAAAUUAAAAGAACAACUGAAGCAUGCUAAAAGUCAGCAAUCUCAGGAGCUAAAGUUAAAACUAAAAGAAUCAGAGAAUCUUCUAAAACAACUUAACUUAAGCUGGGAAGAAAAGCUGAAAAAAACUGAAGAAAAUGCCAAAGUGAUGCAGGAGUAUUUGGAGAGCAUGGGUAUUUCAGUAGAAGCUUCCGGUAUAAAGUGUGCCAAAGACCAGUGUUUUUUAAUUAAUUUAAAUUCUGACCCAAAAUCCAAUGAUUACUUAUUAUAUUAUUUACGAGAUGAUAACAAAAUAGGUGCAGGGUCUUCACAAGAUUUCAAGUUAUCUGGACCUGGAAUAGAAGAAGAGCACUGUGUGAUUACCAUGACUCCUGAUGGAGAUGUUUUUCUUGUUCCAAAUGGAAAAGCUGAGACUCGAGUAAAUGGCAAUUUGGUCCAGGAGAAGAUUCAGUUAUAUCAUGAGGAUAAAAUUAACCUAGGAUCUAAUUACUCGUUUAUUCUAAACCAACCAAAAAAAAGGCAGCCGAACCACCCAAGUGAAAAUAAAAGAGAACUGGAAAAUAACCCCAAGCAUGAAUCUGGCCCACAUGAGCAACAUCCAUAUUAUCAGCUAAGUGGAAGCCAAGAUGAUGACAAUGAAUUUACAAAGUCUUCUUACCUAACUCCAAAAAAAGUGGAAAUUCCUGCAGAAUCGCGAUCACAUGAUGCUCAGUCCUUACCCUCCAUUGAAACGGUUCUUGCUAUGCUGCAAAAAUCACAAGAUUCUAUAACAGAACUUCAGCAGAACUUUCAAAACUUGGUGGAGAAGCUAGAAUCAAAAGAGCUUUUAAACCAACAGGAAUGUGCUGCUCUUGAAAAUACUGAAGACAUGAUUAUGAAAUCUAAAACCUUGCUCAGCCUAAUAUCUGGGAAAGGAAAGAAUGCCUGUGCCUGUUUUCUGGAGCUGCUUGAAAAAGGUAUGAGUAUCAUGAAUUUGAUUAACAGCUCUAGAUUUUAUGUGUGA